AUGACAGGAGAUUUAUUUACGACUCGUUUUGCAGACUGCCAUUUUGAUAAAUCAGUUUUUCCAACAUUAGGGGGAGAAAACAAACAGCUGGAAAAGGAAAUUAGUAAUGAAUUUUCAUUAUCUCACUUAGAUCCUCGUACUAAACAAUGUGAAUUGGAAGUCCAAAAGAUAAUUCAUUUACAAAACUUAGCAAAUCAAUUGCCAGACUCAUUUACUGGCCCAAAGAAAGUGACAAAGUCACAUAUACCAGCUGAAAAUGCUCCGAUUAAGAUUGAUGUCCCAGAAGGACAAGCCCAAGUUGCAAAUGAUUCUAAAGCACGCCUGAAGCGUGGUAGACCCAUCGGUUUCAAAGAUAAAAAUCCCUGGAAAAGAAAAGGAGCAACAAUUGAUAAUGGCCAGAUCGAGGAAGCUAUUAAUUUUGAAGGAUCUCCAGAAAAGACCUUAGACAUGAUGGAAAUUCAGGUACCUGACAAUGAAGAAAUUUCAACAAAUUUAACAUGUCUGGAAUUACAUGGAACCUAA